CUUGGCCACCUCCAGGAUGUUGGAAACCUGCUGACGGUCCACCUGACAGGCCACCACGCACGGAGGCAAACCUCCAGGACCGAGUCACCCGCGACUCUCCAGCGCACGAACGCCAUCAUCUCCGCGUUCGACAUGAUUAGCACUUAUCCGAUUCUAUUGUAACAACCUGUACAGCGUGUAUAUAAACGCUUGUUGUACCUGAGACUGAAUAUAGUGAGAAUUCUCCUCUCCAACUUGGUAUCAGACACUCUCGAUCCUCUCGCUUCCGCCUUCGCCAUGAGCGUCCGCCGCCCUCUCCGGCGCACCCGCUCCUUUGGGGACGCCGACGCCGUCUUCGACCUGUCCUGCGUCGCCCCCGAGCCUGCGCCUGCCCCCGCACCGGCUCCUGCUGCUCCGGCGCCCAUCCGCGCCCCGAUCCUCCGCGCGCGCGCUCCAGCGCCCCUGCGCGCCCCUGCUGCUCCCGGCCGUGCGCUCGCCCUGGCAGCGCUGGCCGCCCAGGUCCCCGUCGCUCCUCCUCCAUCCAUGCAUCACAUUAAUAUCUCGUCCUUCAUCCCCUUCAAGCUCAGCCUGGACGCCAACAAUUGCUCGAAAUGGCGCCAGCUCUUCGCCUUUGUACUAACCAAGUACCAGGUCGAGGAUCACGUCGAGGAAGCCGUUGACCCCCUGCAUGCUGAUGCCGUCUGGAGGAACGAUGACAUUACCAUCGUACUCUGGAUCUACGCCACGAUCUCCGAUGAACUCUACGACGUGGUCCAGUCGCCGAACAACACCGCGUACCACCUCUGGCGCGAGCUGGAGGUCUUCUUCCGCGACAACGCCGCCGGCCGCACCGUCCACAUCGGGGCGGAGUUCCGGGCUACGGUACAGGGCGAUCUGAGCAUCGCCCAGUACUGCCGUCGCCUGAAGCAGCUCUCCGACGCCAUGGCCGACGUGGGCGAGCCCGUCACCGACCGCUCCCUCACGCUGCAGCUUGUGCGGGGCCUCAGCCGCCGCUUCCACGUCAUGGCUACCUUGCUUCCCAUGCAGGUGCCGUUUCCCACGUUCAACCAGGCGCGCUCCCGUCUCCUGCUGGAGGAGAUCUCGCUGGGUGAGCGGGAACGCACCGAGGGGGCCGGGGCUCUCUCCAUCGGGCACGGCGGCGGCUCGUCGUCUGGCAACUCCGAGCGCGGUGGCGACCGCGGUGAGCGCCAGCCUCCUCCGUCCCCAACUGACAAGGGCAAGGGGGCGGCCACUCCACCCUCCGGCGACCGCCAGCGUGGCGGGCGCGGACGUGGGCGCGGCUCCAACACCUCAUCGCCUGCUCCACUCGGGCGCGGCCAACAGCCGUGGCUCGGGUACUUCGCGCCGUGGGGCUCCCCGGCGCCCUCCCCACAGCAAUGGCGGGCGCCUUGGAUGCCGCCCAACUCCGCCGGGGUCCUCGGCCCACGCCCGGAGCUCCGCACCAAGCCUACCCCGUCGGCGUGCCGUCCUCGUCGUCCCCGCCUCCAUGGGACCAGCAGCAGGCCAUGAUGGCCCAGGCCUUCGCCAACCUCAACAUGCAGCAGCCUCCGGCCACCCACGAGUGGUUCAUGGACACAGGAGCUACAUCCCACGUCGCCGGGUCCAGUGGACAUGGCCACAGGGAGAAUUCUGAUGUGGUCCAGUAGCUCCGGCGACCUCUACCCGUUUUUCCGAUCCAAUAAAGACGGCGGCAUGGCCUUCACCAUCUCCGGAGCAGGCGACUUGUGGCACUUGCGGCUAGGGCACCCUAGUUCUACUUCUAUUUCCAUAUUAGCAAACAAUUUCCUUGAUUCCUGUAAUAAGAGCAAUGAUUCUCGUGUGUGUGAAUCUUGCAAGUUAGGCAAGCAACCUCGUUUACCAUUUCCACAAUCUUUUUCAUAUACUACUGCUCCUUUCCAAUUAAUCCACUGUGAUCUCUGGACA